ACGAGGGGUCCCUGUUGUAUGGAGCAGACGACACAUCAGCUGACAGAUGUCAACACAAGAUACCGUAUCAGUCCUUGCACUUUUGUAUUGGUUGAGUGUAGACAUCUUGCUUUACUCACUAUCUUGAGUAUCAAUGUCAAUUUUUAAAUAUUUUCCCUCCCUGAGACGUUUGUCUUCAUCAUACACUGCCUGCUGCUGGCCAACUGCAUCAUGAGCGGAAGAUCCAGAACACGUCAGCUGCAGAUUAUGACUCCAGAGGAGGAACUUGAAAAUCUUCGAAAUGAAGUGGGUGUUUUACGGCGUGCUGUGGAGAGUAAGAGUGCUGCAGUGGGGAUCCUCAGAGCAGAACUCCAAGAGUGCCAGAGAGAGCGAGAGAAAUUUCGAACAUUAGCAGAGCAAGGAACACUGCACAGGUCAUCUUCCUCUACUGUCUUAAAGCCAGCAUAUUCUGACCCAUGUCGCUCAGCAAUGCUAAGUGGAUCUGAUGGUACUCUAGCACAGCUACUCUCACAAUCCAAAGAGGAAAAUAAGAUGCUGCGACAGGAUGCCACUGAACUCCGUUGUAAACUGCAUGAUGCCCAGGCUGAUAUCAAGGUUCUUCGGGAAGAGGUUCAGCGUUCACGAGGUGAUGAGGGCCGGCGGAGAAGCCAUGUCCAUACCACCAUGAGUAAGCUUGCACAUCAAGAGCGUGAGCAGUUUAUAUCACAGAUGGAAGAGCUCAGUGCCAAAUGCCAAGCUUUAGAAGGCGAUGUGCGAGGCUUGGUGGAGGAGAGAGAGGAGCUGGUGAGAGAGCUGGAUGCCUCUUCGCAUAAACUCCAUCGCCUCAACUACAUUCUUAAUACAGUUCUUUCCAAUAUUUCUGCUGCUACAACAGCAACACCUCCAAAACGAAUCAUAGAUCUUGAUGCCAUUAUAACGGAAAAUAGGUAUCUACAACAACGUCUGAAACAGUCUGAAGAAGAGAAAGCUCUGGCGAAGAGUAAUGCAUCAAAGUACAAGGCUGCAUUAGAGAAGUGUCGUUCUCAUGGAUCACUCAAGCUAGGUACUUCAGAAAACCUCAUAGUAACACCACAACAAGUUGGUGAGUUACUUCACGACUACCGUGGGGAGGUUGGAGGUGCAGCAGAGAGUGAUCUGAAAUCUUUAUGUGUAGCCCUUGUUGAUGCUCUUAACCAGCGAUCUCGAGCACUUAGAACUCAACGUUCUGCCAACAAGGUACUGGUGGGAAGAAUAUCAGAGUUGGAAAGAAGAUUAUCUACUAUUGGAAGCCCAGAAGAUGCAAAAAUGGAAAACCAUGGUGCAAGCACUGGAAUUAGUAUUCCGGAGCUACAAUUAGCUUCACUGGGUCUUAUGGAUGGUUACAACCCACCAGCAGGACCUAUAGUGAAGUACAGUGAAGAGGAGAUAAUCCAGGACCCUCGUCUUGCAAAAAUAUUUUGUGUGAUAAGUUCAGGACAUGAGCCAGUAGAAAGGAGAAAGUGCAGUGAUGGAUUUAAUAAGGAAAUUGAUAAUUUAAAAGAAAAGCUUACUGGCAAUGGAGAAAAUUGUAGCAGAAACUGCGAAAGUAUCUUGGAGGUUUCAAAGAACAGAGUACAGCUAGAUUCUACUAAUAACUGUUCAAAUGAUAAUAUCAAAGUAAUGACAAAUUGCAGUGUAGCAGCAAGAGUCCAGUGCAGUAGUAAGGGUGAAAACCCAAGUUUUCCAGUUGAUGAAACCACUUUCACCAAACAUGAUAGAAAAGCUGUGUUUGUUAUUGAGUCAGUUUGUGAUACUGGAGAGGUCACCAUGCCUUUGCACACUGCUAUCUCUAAUGAUCUAAGAAGGUCUUCAGUAACACCAAAUGUGGUUAAUAGAGACAAAACUAGAAAUAAUGAAUCAUUAGCAAUUAAUGGAGUGCCAUCUAAAGAAAUAAAUGUGCAGAAUGUUGAUGAUAAAAAAUUAUCGGCAUAUGUUAAUUCUGAGGAUGUUAUUGAAGAAAUAAUACCAAUUGACAAAUUAGACUCGUACAUCAGAGAAGUUCAGCUCAAGAGAAAAACAGUAGGUAACAAACACAGUAAAGAAAGUAAAGUAAGCAGUGAUGCAAGUGAUACCUCAAGUAAUAAAUAUGGAAAUGAAAGUAAAGUAAGCACUGAUGUAAGUGAUACCUCAAAUAACAAACUUCAUAAAGAAAGUAUAGAAAACAAUGUGAGUGAUUCUUCCAGAGCUUCAAGCAAAAAUGAAGAUAGCAAAGUCACAUCAAAACGUCCAAGAGUAGGAAAUGAGGAAGCCAAAGAGGCAGAACCUAUAAAUAAACUAGAGGUAAAAAACACAAGUGAAAAUGAAGAUGAUGAUGAUAGCUUUGACCUUAAUAUAAGUGAUUAUGAUAGUGAUAAUGAUAACCUUGAUGUAGCUCUCCAAGAAUGGCAGAAUGAUUUUGGAAAAGGCAAGAUAAAGGUUAAAGGAAGUCCCUCAAAGGAUUCAAAAGUAAAGAGAGUGAGCGGAAAGGAAGGUUUCAAUAUGUGGCGAAAGGAUGCUCCAUCUGAGACACAGCUGCCACCUGCUUUAAAAGAACUUCUUGACAGAGCUACUGGCACCCUUGACAAUGAGUUAGAUUGUACCUAAGAUAGCUUUGGUGUAUGGAGUUUAUGUAGCUUAAACCUGAAUUAUACUGUAUACAGUACUACGUACUUAGGAUAAUGCAUUAUAUAUUAUAAUUGGAUUGAUCUUAGUGUAUUUUCCAUGGUAAAGGAGUACAGUGCUUUCUCCUUAAACAAUGCAUAUUAUUAAAUAUGACUACAAUGUCAGGAACAAGAGGCUAGUAAUCUCUUCUAUAUAAAUUAUAAAAAAAAAUUAAAUUUUGAAGUUGGGUUGUGUGAAUGAGUGUGGAUGUAAUACAGAUUAGAGCUGAUUGUUAUGAAUGAAGAGAAGCCAGAUGUCCUGACUCUAAGCAAAACAAAGCUAAAGAGAAUGGAAAAAUUUCAGUGGGGGAAGUCAAUGAAGGUUAAAUUGGGUGUAUCUAGGAGAACUAGAGCUAAAAAAAUGGGGUAGCUGCAAUAUUAAAUGAUUAACCAUGGAAGGAGAAGAGGGGAGGAUAUAGAUGUUUAAAUUCAAGAAUUAUGUAGAUUAGAAAAAUGGUGGGGGAGAGAUGUGUAGAGGAGAGAUUUUGGGAGACAUUAAGUGAAUGCUUAGGGAGUUUUCAACAAGGGAGAAAUAAUUGAAAUAAUGGUUGUGGGGAGCCCUAAAUGUUAAAAUGGGUAAACCUGAUAUACAAGAAAGUAAUAGGUAACUUUGAAUUAUACCAUGUAUAGAAAGAGGUUUGGUAAUAAUACUUUAAGAAAAGGGAUGAAUUUUUUUUAUAUUAACACAUCGGCCGUCUCCCACCAAGGCAGGGUGGCCCUAAAAAGAAAAACUUUCAUCAUCAUUAACUCCAUCACUGUCUUGCCAGAGGCGUGCUUACACUACAGUUAUAAAACGGUAACAUUAAUGCCCCUCCUUCAGAGUGCAGACACUGUACUUCCCAUCUCCAGGACUCAAGUCCAGCCUGUCAGUUUCCCUGAAUCCCUUCAUAAAUGUUACCUUGCUCACACUCCAAUAGCACAUCAAGCCCUAAAAACCAUUUGUCUCCAUUCACUCCUAUCUAACAUGCUCACACAUGCUUGCUGGAAGUCUAAGAAUCUCACACACAAAACUUCCUUUUACCCCUUCCCUCCAACCACUCCUAGGCCAACCCCUACCCCACCUUGCCUCCGCUAUAGAUUUAUACACUCUCAAAGUCAUUGUAUUUCCUUCUAUCCUCUCUACAUGUCUGAACCACCUCAACCCUUCCUCAGCCCUUUGGAUAAUAGUUUUGGUAAUCCUGCACCUCCUCCUAAUUUCCAAACUACAUGAGAUAUGAUAUAGGGUGUAAUGAUAGCAUUUUGUUAGACUAUGAAUUAACAGAUAAAAGGUUGGUAAGUAGAAUUCUGAAAGUGCAUGUUUUUAGAGGGGUCAGAGAUGUAUCAGAUCAUUAUUUAGUGUUAACUACAGUGAAAGUAAGAGGUAGAUUGGGUACAAAGAGAAUGUUGUAAGUGGGUAACCUAUUGUACAUUCCUACCUGCUGUGCUGUAUGACCCUUUUGGGUCUAACACCUCAUUUGAUCAUUUCAUUUUAUUUAUCACUGUGUAAGUGUGUAGAGAAAAAUAAAGGAGAUGGGACAAGAUAUAAGCAACUAUUGGAAAAAAAAUUAUUUUGGGGUAGAUUUAAGAAUUCAGUGUUAGAGGGUGCAGCAGAAGUUUGUGGAUACAGGAGAAUGGGUACCAGACAAAGAGCAGUUGGUGGAAUGACAAGGUAAAGAGGGUUAGGGAGAAAAAUUAGCAUUAUGAGAGGCUUUUUGAUAUAGAUGUGAUAUACAGAGAGUGGACUAUAGGGAGAUUUAGAGAGGUUAAUUAAUUUCAUAUAGUCGGACUUGAGUCCUGGAAAUGGGAAGUACAAUGCCUGUUUGGCAGUUUGGAGGGAUAUGUUGUGUAUCUUUAUACGUAUAUGCUUCUAAACUGUUGUAUUCUGAGCACCUCUGCAAAAGCAGUGAUAAUGUGUGAGUGUGGUGAAAGUGUUGAAUGAUGAUGAAAGUAUUUUCUUUUUGGGGAUUUUCUUUCUUUUUUGGGUCACCCUGCCUCGGUGGGAGACGGCCGACUUGUUGAAAAAAAAAAAAUUAAAAGAAUGGAAAGGGAGUGCAGAAGGUAGCUAAUGAAAGUGUGGGUGAAGUUUUAUUAACAAAUUAGCAAGAGAAUAAGAAAAAAUUUUGAGAUUAAUAAACUUCAGAGUGCCUAGGAAGCAAAUGAAUUUAGCAGUUGAAAACAAGAAGGAAGAUAUUAGGUGGGAGGUGGAGAUGCUGGGAAGAGAGAGGGAAUAUUUUGAAGAAUUGUUAAAUGCUGAUGAAAGAGAGGCAAUAAUUUCAUGUGUUGGGCAGGGACAUAUAACAUGUUGGAGGUAGAGCCAGAUGCAAGUGUGAGAAAAGUGUGAGGCAGCAGUUAGAAUGAAACAGGAUAAAGUAACUGGGAUACAUUAGAUCAAGACAGAUGUUAAAAGUAGGUGGAAAACAGUAUUGGUGUAGUUAGUAUAUUCAAUAUAUGCAUGAAAGGGGGAAGAGUACUUAGGGAUUGGCAUAAAGAAUGCAUAGGUUCUUUACACCUUAUAAGGAAAAGGGGAUAAAGGAGAGUGUAAGAAUUAUUGGAGGAAUAAGUCUGUUGAAUAUCUAGAGGACUAAGAAUGGGUUGUUAAGGUGGUUUUGAUGUUUAGAGAGGAUGUAGUGAAAUAGGAUGACUAGGAGGAGUUAAAAAUCUGGGGUGGAAAGAAAAAGGGGUCAUUAUAGGAAAGGUUUCAGGAAAGGGGUAAAGGCUUUGACUGCUUGGAGCUUGGACAUCUAACAUACUUGUGUGAACACAUUAGAUAGGAGUGGAAGUAAGUGGCUGUUAUGACUUGAUGUGUUGUUGAGUGCCAGUAAUGUAACAUUUAUAAAGGGGAUUCAGAGAAACCAGUUACCUGGACUUGAGUCCUGGAGGUGGGAAAUACAGCAUCUGCAUUCUGGAGGAGGAGUGGAGAUGCUGCAGUUCAGAGGGCCAUCUGAAAUCUAAUGUUGGCACACUUCUGGGAAGACGGUGAUUGAAUGAGUGACUAUGGAAGUAUUUCUUCUUUUUCAAAUCACCCUGCCUGAAGGGAAGACAGCUGGUGUGUUAAAAAAAUAAUAAUUAUAUUUAUAAUUUUGAUGAAGAUUUGUACCUGAAUUUUUUUGAAGAAUACAAACCAAGAAAUAACUAAAAAUAGAGGUAUGAAAUAUUAAAAUUAAAUUUACAGAUUAAUUUGUCUUAGGCAGAUAAGGUUUGUUUAAUAGCAUUAACUGUAGAUGCCAUUAUGGAAUAAAUGAGUGCCACACAAUUUUAAGGAAAUUGAAUGAAGUAUUAGGGGACUGAGCAAUGAAUGUAGUAGACUGUUGUAAAAACUAAAGAUAAAUUGCAAAUGACAACACUUCAAAAAUCCUGCCCUCAUUAAGAAAUAUAUGAACUUUCAAGAGUAUUUUAAGUAUGAUGGUGUGCCAAGGUUUGGGCAUAUAGAAAUAUGAAUUACUAGUACAAAAUACAUGUAUAGUAUGGUAAGAAUGAAAUGUUACAGUUAAAGUAAUGGACUAAUAGGGGGGAGGGGGUGUAUGUUUUUGCCAUUUGUUCAUGGAUUUAAAGUUGUGAAAUUAAUUUUUCACAAUCAUUACAAAUGCAACAUGCCAAGAAUAUGAGUAUUGUAACCUGUAGUACUACAGUACAGUACUGUAUAGUAAUUUUAAAGUACAUAAUUUACAGUAAUUUUACUUACCUUUUUUGUGGUGGAGAGAGGUGUAAACUACAGUGAUAUAUAGUAGCUGAGAAGACAUAGAUAGCUAUGCUCUACUUUCAUAUGCUUUGCUGGCCUAUGAGAAGCAGAUUGAAGAUCAAUACCAUGAACAUUAACACCAAGAGAACAUUGUUGAAUAUGCCAUUUAUGUACUGCCAUUUAUAGCUUUUCAUCAUGGGCCAUUUUUGUAUGCUUUCUAGGACUAGCUGAUGAACCUUUAUGGGUAGCAUUACCACUAAACUUAUACGCAAGGACAGAUUUACUGAUUAGGCUCUUGUGGACAUCAGGCAAUGUCUUAACAUCAUAUUCCUGACAUACCUUCUGUAUUAGUUCAAAUUUCUGCUUAAUACUGAGAAUCACACAUUUUCUCUUGGCACUCCCCACUUGGUUUAGAAGCCAUCGUUAAUUGCCCUUUAUUAAUGUAUUAAGUAAAGUCUCACAAAACACAGUAAAUCCAGGGAAAGUUGGAGACUAAAUGACGAGUGAAUGAACGCAAUAAAUUGGGAUGGGCAGCUCAUGUCUUGGGAACAAUGAAAAAAAAGAGGUCCUGAUGUGGAUGAUCUUUUCCAUACAGGACAAAUGUCAGACCAAGUCCAAUGAUUCAGAAAAUAACCGAACACUGUCAGAACAUUUCUCUUGACCCACACCUGGGGUAGCAUUGUCAGGGUUUUUGACAAAUCAGCCUAUCAUAUUGUUUUGUUCAUCAGAAAGAAUGGGAGCCUUAUCACAGUGAUAUACUUUAUUUUUCUCUGGUGGUCCCAUCUUUAGCCCUUGGAGCUUGGCUUAGCGCUUCUUUUUUAUUAUAAUAAUAAUAAUAAUAAUAAUAAUUUAACCCUUGGAGGGUCGACAGGCCCUCUCCGAGACUUGUUCUCAGGGUCGGCCAAAUUUAAAAAAAAAAAAUUAUUUUUAUGAAAAGAGAAUCUUUUCCCGAUCAUAAUGACACCAAAAGUAUGAAAUCUGAUGGAAAACUUACGGAAUUAUGCUCUUGCGAAGUUAGCGGUCUCAACGAUGUUUACGCAUCGGCAAUUUUGCCCACUUUGAGCCCUAUUUUUGGCCAAUUCCUGUGUACUAGUUGACAAAAAUCAUAACUAUUUCUCUAGAACUCCAUUUUUUCUAUUGAAUGAGUACAAGAAACCACCCAUUUACUGAUUUCAACUAUCCAAUACAGUGGUCAGAAUUUAACAAUUUUGCCAAUUUCACACAAAUUCCAAAAGAUGCCAAUUUCCAAAUAGGGUCCAGAAUAAACAAGAAAGACAUUCCUGGCACUAAAAUAACAUUUCCUCUGUUCGUUAGUCACAUCCCCAGGCCCCUCUUAUAUUUCUUUGGCUUUCCACUUUCAAUUUUUUUCUUACAAAAAAUAGAAGAUUUACUGUUAUGCAGACUACUGCAUUAGUGUAGAAAUGGUAUAAAUAAUAUCAGCGCACUUGUGAAAGAAUAUUAGACUCACCAGUUGAUGUGUAUUGGACGCUUGGCAUGAUUUGUUUACUUUUGAACUUUGGUAAAAAUCGAACAUUUCUGCUGCUUUGAGCUCAAUUUCAAGGUACUUUUCAUUGUAAAACCAGUCAAAAUCAUCUCAAUUUCUGUAAUAUGUCUUCCAUUCUAUAAAAUGAGACCAAGAAAACUAGAAUACAAUAAUAUAUACCAUACGAAAAAACAGUGCAAAGUCGCUGUUCUAUUCCAAAAACACAAUUUUUUUUUUUUUCUCAUUAUGCACUGUGUACUGCAGGAUUUUUUUUUUAUACUGUGCACACUGACCACAUAUACCCAUUCUUUCAUAUGUAGGCCUACCAGCUUUCUCCCACUAGAUUUGAGGGUGCUAGAAUUUAGGCGUACUAGUACGUCAAAAGCCCUGGGUUGUAAGCCGUACUAGUACGGCCGAAACCCUCAAAGGGUUAAUGCAGAUUUGGUAUUAUUUAACUGAAAUCACUUUGUUACAUAAACUGUGACCUUCCCCACCAUCCCUUCUACUAAUUUACUUCCCUUAAUAGUACUACCACUUUACCCCUCUACCCUCACUUGUUGUGUAGCACUGAGUGACUUACAGGGUUAUCACUUUACAUGAAUAAUCACCUUUUCUAUCGCCUGUAUUCCUUAAAAUCAGCAGCCUGAAGUUUAGUGUUUGCCAUGCCCAUAUUUCCCUACCAUUACUUAGUAUUCUUAAUUUAACAUUCACCAAGAAAGCACUAAACCCUUUUUCCAAAUGGAAAAGAGGAUACUAUCACAUGAUGAUUCCUUCACACACAUACUAAUAUUUUUGGCCUUUAAUAAACCAAGAUGCAUUCCUUCCUUGCUAAAUUUUGUCCUUCACUGUUCCAUGGAAUUAAGAAUCAAGUGCUUUUUAUAAAAAGAAUUCUACAGCUGUGCCAUAAAAUGUGGUGGUAGCUAAUAAAUUCUCUAUAAAAUUUCUUAAUUUUUUAGGAAUCAUAACAGACCCAAUCAUAUCACAUGUAUAUUUCAAAUUAUAUGCUACUGAAUGCAUUACAUUGUUUGUAAACAUAUCAAUUUAUAAAUCUAUUGAUGGCUUAGCACUUCUUUUUGAUUAUAAUAAUAAUAAAUCUAUUGAAUGA